CUAGCCAGUUCCCUCCAGCAGCAGAGAGCUUCAUUUUCUGAUCUGCUUUUGUGCUAAAAUGGAGGCUGGCCUCUCGCCCUGAGUGGAUCGCCUUCCUGGUUGAGGUUUAGAUGUUGACAUGCAAUAAAUCUGGAGACAGGAUGGUUGUGGAUGCACCUAAUUCCAAUGGGCCUUUUCAGCCGGUGGCUCUUAUGCACUUCAGAGAUGUGGCCCCCGCAGAGCAGGAGAAGCUCUUCAUCCAGAAGCUACGACAGUGCUGCGUUCUUUUCGACUUCCUGUCCGACCCGCUGAGCGACCUGAAAUGGAAGGAAGUGAAGCGGGCGGCGCUGAGCGAAAUGGUGGAGUACAUCACCCACAACAGGAAUGUCAUCACGGAACCCAUCUACCCGGAGGUGGUGCACAUGUUUGCGGUGAACAUGUUCAGAACAUUGCCUCCAUCGUCCAACCCCACUGGAGCGGAGUUUGAUCCGGAGGAAGACGAGCCAACACUUGAAGCUGCAUGGCCACACCUUCAGCUCGUCUAUGAGUUUUUCCUUAGGUUUCUAGAAUCGCCCGACUUUCAGCCUAACAUAGCGAAGAAAUACAUCGACCAGAAAUUUGUUAUGCAGCUCCUAGAUCUAUUUGACAGUGAGGAUCCCAGAGAGAGAGACUUCCUGAAAACUACCCUCCACAGGAUCUACGGAAAGUUCCUGGGGCUGAGAGCGUACAUCAGAAAACAGAUCAAUAACAUUUUCUAUAGGUUUAUCUAUGAGACAGAGCACCAUAAUGGUAUAGCAGAACUACUGGAAAUACUUGGAAGCAUAAUCAAUGGAUUUGCCUUACCACUAAAAGAAGAGCACAAGAUUUUCCUGUUGAAGGUUUUAUUGCCUCUGCACAAAGUCAAAUCACUCAGUGUCUACCAUCCACAGCUGGCCUACUGCGUGGUGCAGUUUUUGGAAAAGGACAGCACUCUAACUGAGCCGGUGGUAAUGGCUCUAUUAAAGUACUGGCCAAAGACUCACAGUCCCAAGGAAGUGAUGUUCCUCAACGAGCUGGAGGAGAUCCUGGACGUCAUCGAGCCCUCUGAGUUUGUUAAGGUGCAGGAGCCUCUCUUCAGACAGCUGGCCAAGUGUGUGUCCAGCCCGCACUUCCAGGUGGCAGAAAGAGCUCUGUACUACUGGAACAACGAGUACAUCAUGAGUCUGAUCAGCGACAACGCAGCAAAGAUCCUGCCGAUUAUGUUCCCUGCUCUGUACCGCAACUCUAAGACCCACUGGAACAAGACCAUCCACGGCCUCAUCUACAACGCUCUGAAGCUUUUCAUGGAGAUGAAUCAGAAGCUCUUUGAUGAUUGCACACAGCAGUUCAGGGCUGAGAAAAACAAAGAGAAGGCAAAGUCAAAAGAACGUGAAGAGGCUUGGAUUAAGAUCGAAAACCUCGCCAAGUCAAAUCCACAGUUCUUUAUGUAUGUUGAUUCCUCUGACCUCAAUAGUCCUGUAGCAAUGGAGACGGAUGUCCCUUUGAUAGAAGAUGUUCAGAGGUUAAAAAAGACAGUUGAGGAGGGCGCGACUCAGUUGCAGCAUGACCAGCGGAAAGAGCGGCCUAUGGUGCGACGCAAAUCUGAGUUGCCUCAGGAUAUCUACACCACAAAAGCCUUGGAGUCCCACCGCAGAGCUGAAAACAUGUUGACCACCCAUGAUGGACUCUAGGUCCCGCCACCUGCCGGCUCUUUGUUCAACUGCCCCUUUUACCCUCGACAGCCAUGGACAUCCUCUUCGCCCAGGUGCCAGAAUUACACUGGCGACCUAUGUUGGGCUCUCCAUUCCUCCUCCCACUAUCAGUUUACCCAGAAUCCUCAGUUCUCCUUCAUUCCUGCUGCCCCGGUGCACAAGCCCUGUAUCUUCCUCCCUCAGAUUUCUGCUUUCUCAGGUUUUUUUCUUUAUUUGGAGAAGAGUGGGAGUGCGUUUGCGUGUCUUUUAGCCCUCGCAUUCAUUGUGUUCUCCGAUAAUAUUCCCCUUUUGAUUACCUUCCUUUCUCCCUCCAUCCCCCCCUGUGCGUCACUGUAAAUGUGGAACCUGGGAGUACGGAUGCCGCUACGCUGGUUCCUUCAUUCCUUCUUGCAAACACAACGGAAUGUACGUGGAAACAUAGGAACUGACUGACUCGCUGUCUAAGGAUCGCCUCUUGGUCUCUGCUUGGGUUUUCUUUUCUGUCAAAGGGAACAAAAACAGAACCUGUUGGUCAGAUGAAAGACAAUACUAUCCCGUCAUCCGCUGUGUGUGUGUGUGUUCUUUUUCUUUUGCUCAAUCUAACAGACAUCUUGUCAGUGCCAAGACUGUUGUGUUCUUUGUUUGUUUUUUUUUAUCUGUGACUUUAACAGGGACACCUGCCUUUUUUGUUUUUGGUCACUGGUGUUUGAAAGAUUUUUUAGUUUUUAGUUUAGCACAGCACACCAGACCAAACUGAGGCCCGUCCUUAGCCUUGCAAUGUCCAGGAAAGGUGGAGAGGAAAGAUGAAGUUGUCCUGUGGACAUCUGACGCUUUCCAUUUUAUUGUUUUGUGCCAUAUGCCGCUCUUCGAUAUGCUUGCUUCCUUAUGUUCAUUGGCAAUAUUCGAAAACCCGACCAUAGUAAGGACUAUACAGUUCAAACAAUGGUACUUACUGUUUUUGAGUUUAAUAGAUGAGGAUGGAUCUGAGUGAAAGUUGUUUGUAGUUACUACCUAAGUUGCAGAGCAAUAUCCAGGGCUUGGAUGUAGCAAGGAGAGCCCUCUGUUGCAUAUAAAGGCUGCAUACUGAAUAAAAAGAUGAGGUUCAGGGUGAGUGGUGGGUUUUUAUAUAUAGUAAAAUAAAUAGUGAUCAUCUUUGUAAAGGAAUAGUUUUUUGUUGAAUGGGAGAGGAGGCACAGAUCUGUACUGUCGCAACACCUUAAAAACUCCACGCCGUUACUAAGUUAGGACCUUUUUUGUUUCCACGUUUCUUUUUAAAGAGCAUGGAGGUGUAUUGGUACUGUAUUCUAUAAAGAUUUUAAUGUCCUAAUUAAAAAUAGAAAUUAAUUUAUUCUCAAAUAUAAGCACUGGUAACCUCAGUAGCUAUUAACAUACUGACAUGAAAUGAUUAAUGCAAACAUUUUUUGAUGAGAGCUACCAAAAAAAAUAAAAGACGUCCUUAACAUUUAAAGGUGUGGCAUGUUUGUGUUGCUACCAUUCCUCAUUUCAAUUGUCUGGUUUGCGGGUUCUGUUUGUAUCUGUCUCGGUGAGGAAGCCGUUUAAGGUUGGUAAAAUAUCUUCCAGUCAGUACCAUUGUUUAAACUAAGGAGGUCUGCUAGAUUUCUUCAUAUUUGAUGUGUUGUAUUUCUUUGUCUUGUCUCUGGAGGUUAAGUAGCGUGGAUGUCAGGUCUUUUGGAUUUAUUUUUUGUUCUGGCCAUUCAGGAUGCCCAAACGCUGAAACAGUCUGGUAUCAAAUGGCCACAAAAAUGCCAGAUGCUGAAAAUAAACUGACAUUGUGACUUGGCUUGUUAACUGUAUAAAUACUGUAUUUGCUUGAAUGCAAAAAGAUGUAAAUUAAAAACUACCAUGUUAAACAUGUACCUUUUACCCUGGAGGAAUGCCAUUCACCAAACUGAUUUCUGUUGUCGAGGUCAUUGCAUUUAUGAAACAGUCCUGCUUGCUGGGAGAGAGUUUUAUGGAUUUUAUGAGUUUGAGUCGAGAGAUGUUUGAGGUUCAUUUGAGUGCUGAAAAACAAGUCCGUGAUAACGAGAUGAUUUAAUAAUGAUUUGGUGGCUUGUUCUCUUUGCAGAUCUUUUUAAUUUCACAUAUUAUUUCCAAAACAUGAUAACUUAAAGUGUCCUUUUGUAUGUGACCUGUACUAUAUGAUUCAUUUAAUAUUGUAUAUAUGAUUUACCUUGUUUCAUGUAGUGUUAUAUAUCUAGAUUAAUUUUGUACAAAUUGUCCCUCUGUACAGAAUAAAACAUCAAUAGCAAGUGAAAGAAGUCAAUCUGGCACAUACCGUCUUAUUUCUCCCGUUUUUGUUUUUUGGAUGUACUUUCAGCAACACAAGGAUUUAGAAAAUGUUCUUAUUUUUAUUUUUCAAAUCUGCAAAGUUUCCUCCCUCCUCUAUAUAUCUGACAAAUGUUCAUGCCCGUUGUGUGCUCCUAUCACUGUCUUUAGUGGUGUACAACUAUAUAGGAUAAAUAAAGAGAUUAUUUGAAUAUAUAUUUUCAA